AUGUAUUCUAACGGGGCGCCCCUCCUGGCCAAUCAGGGUGCUGCACCAGCUUCGACACCACCCCCCAGCGGCCGCACAGGCGCACUGAGCGCCCAACUGCCAUUUUGUGGCAGAGCCUACUCUGCAAAAGCGGGAGAGGGAUUAAAAGAAGCGGCGGAGAAGGCUGCAUUUCUCCUCUGUUCUGGCAACUUUGUAGUGACGAUUCUGCGCUUCCGGUCAAGAGAAGCAGGAGGAAGAACAGUUUUAAAAGAGAUCCUACCCAGCAUGGACGGGGGGCCAACAGAUGGUGUAGGGGUGGUGGAAGACCCAACAAAGGACUUUCCCUCUAUCCAGGCUGUACACAGCCAGGAUGCCAUGGUUGCUGAUCUACUCCAGCAGGCUGCAGAAGCUGGAGGGGUGGUCGAAGGACAAGCUGGAGUUGUCCUUGAACAGGCUUGUGCAGGAGACAGCAUGGUUGAUGUUGCCCAAGCCCAACAGCAGCUGAUGGAGAGUAGUGUGGGAGUAGAGGGUGGAGGAGGUGUUGAGAUGAUGGUUAUGAACUCGUUGGACCCUACCCUGCUGCAGAUGAAAACUGAGGUGAUGGAAGCUGCAGUUGGAGGAGCUUCAGGGACAGUUGGUGUGGUUGGAGGUGUUCCUGGUGCUCCUCACCAGGCAACUGUCACAACUGUGGACCAGACUCAGAUCAUUACACUACAGGUAGUGAACAUGGAGGAGCAAGCUGCUCUUGGUUUAGGAGAGCUCCAGUUGGUUCAAGUGCCUGUGUCUGCCACUACUGUGGAAGCGCUGCAGCAAGGGACAUUUGUAGACACUACCACUUUGCCUAAAGAUGGAGAUCCUGUCAUUUGUCACACCCUGCCACUUCCUGAGGGUUUUCAGGUGGUCAAAGUGGGAGCUAAUGGGGAGGUGGAGACAGUGGAGCAGGAAGAAGAGGGAGAAGAACCCCCCCCUGAGGAGGAGGAAGAAGAGGAAACGGUGGAUAAUCAAGUCUUGGAGGAGGAGGAGCCUACUCAGCCCCAGAAUGAUGACCCAUCCUGGGCUAAAGAUCCUGACUACCAACCCCCCUCUGGAGCUAUCAAGAAGAGCAAGAAGGGUAAAAAGAGUCGCCUACGGUAUGCUGAAGGGGAUAAGGACAUGGAUGUGAGUGUGUAUGACUUCGAGGAGGAGCAACAAGAAGGCCUCCUGUCUGAAGUAAAUGCCGAGAAGGUGGUUGGCAACAUGAAACCUCCCAAACCCACAAAAAUUAAGAAGAAAGGUGUAAAGAAGACUUUUCAGUGUGAGCUGUGUAGUUACACCUGCCCUCGUCGCUCUAAUUUGGAUCGACAUAUGAAGAGUCACACUGAUGAGAGGCCACACAAAUGCCACCUGUGUGGAAGAGCCUUCAGAACAGUAACCCUGCUCCGAAACCACCUCAAUACGCACACCGGAACUCGCCCCCACAAGUGUACUGACUGCGACAUGGCAUUUGUGACCAGCGGAGAGCUUGUCCGUCACCGUCGCUACAAACACACACAUGAGAAGCCCUUCAAAUGCUCUAUGUGUGACUAUGCUAGUGUGGAGGUGAGCAAGCUGAAGCGUCACAUCCGUUCCCACACCGGAGAGCGUCCGUUCCAGUGCAGUCUCUGUAGCUAUGCCAGCAGAGACACAUACAAGUUGAAGAGACACAUGCGGACACACUCUGGAGAGAAACCAUAUGAGUGCUAUAUCUGCCAUGCUCGUUUUACACAGAGUGGGACCAUGAAGAUGCACAUCCUGCAGAAACAUACUGAAAACGUAGCCAAGUUUCACUGUCCACACUGCGAUACUGUCAUAGCUCGCAAGAGUGACCUAGGUGUCCACCUACGUAAGCAGCACUCGUUUAUUGAGACUGGUAAGAAGUGUCGUUACUGUGAUGCUGUGUUCCACGAGCGAUACGCUCUCAUCCAGCACCAGAAGUCCCACAAGAAUGAGAAGCGCUUCAAGUGUGACAUGUGUGACUACUGCUGCCGACAGGAGCGGCACAUGGUGAUGCACCGUCGUACCCACACAGGAGAGAAGCCGUACGCCUGCAGCCAGUGUGAGAAGACAUUUAGACAGAAACAGCUGCUGGACAUGCAUUUCAAACGCUACCAUGACCCCAACUUUGUACCAACUGCCUUUGUCUGCCCCAAAUGUAGCAAGACUUUCACCCGCAGGAACACAAUGGCUCGCCAUGCUGAGAACUGCAGUGGUGAAGUGGAGGAUGCUGAGAAUGGAACGCCUACCCCAAAGAGAGGGAGGAGGGGGAGGAAGAGGAAGAUGCGAAACAGGAGAGAUGAGGAGGACAGUGAUGAUGAUCAUGCUGAACCAGAACUUGAUGAAGAUGAAGAAGAGAUGGAGGGAGAGGAAGGAUCAUCAUUGAUACAGGAAGAAGAGGAACCAGAGAAUAUUGAGUUGGAUCAAGCCCCUGCCACUGUUCCUCUGCCAGCCCCUGAGGAACCACCUGUUAAGAGAAAACGAGGCCGCCCACCCAAGAAUUCCCCAAAACCCGCUCCAACCCCCAGCAAAUCAGCCAGGGUAGCUGCUAAGGCUGCUGCUUCUGCUGCAGCCAUCAUCCAGGUGGAGGAUGAGAGCACAGGAGCCAUCGAGAACAUCAUUGUGAAGAAGGAGGAGUCCGAGGCCACUGCAGCGGGUUCCUUGGAGCAGGGGGUGGAGCUAACAGUAGAGGGGGUAGGGCUAGACAGAGAGGAAGUGGAGACUGUGGAGCUGCCGGUGAACGAAGAAGCAGCAGCUGCAGCAAAUGGAGAUUUGACACCAGAGAUGAUCCUUAGCAUGAUGGACCGGUGAACAAAAACAAAGACACAUUCUCCCGUGCAGUUAAACACACACACAAACACACAGAUUUACAUUGACUGAGAUGUGUAAAUUGACAGAUUCACACAUGCUCGGGAACAUACACAUGCACAUACUUUCUGUUGUCGUGGCUUCCAUUUAUGGACAUAUUACCAUGGCCUAUUUGCAUCACUUCUGGUUAACAUGAUACUGGUUGGUGGUAGCAAAAGCAACCAUGUACAACACGCGCGCACACACACACACAGGGAUGAUACAUACUGAGAGACAUGCAUAAAUACUUAUAUACCUUCUCCUACAUGUAGACACACUUGCAUAGUAAUGCAAUUUUCACUGAUGUACACACUAGCAGCCACCCAGAAAGGACCAGAUCACACACCUCCCAUGUCCCUAUUUUCAUGACCCUGCUUUGUCUUCUACCCUUAUACGGAGUUUCCUGAACCUUAUCAUAAACUCCCCCUACUAAUCCUCAUUUGAUAUAUUUUGCUGUUUCUUAGAUGAAUCAGUUUGUUUUCCGGUGUCAAGUUUCCACCAAAAGCCACAUCCCGUUUCACUCUCAACCCAUACUCCUACAUUAACAUUCGACAGAGAAAAAAAAAUCAAACAGAAAAACGUAAACGCUUUUCCUCCCUCUUGCUCUGGCACAAGGAUUCUUCUCUUUUUAAGAUAAAAAGUUAUAGGAUUUAGUUCUGCUGCUAUUCUUCUUUCAGUGCAUUUUUAAAAUCUAAACUUCAUCCUCAUUUCGAAUCUGUUCUAUCAAGAAUUGGUCUUUUUUUUGGGGGGGGGGGGGUUGUGAUAAUUAGUUUUACCUCUGAGAUGGCUCUCUUUCCAGUUGUUUGUAUAAUAAUCUAUUCCAAAAAGCAACAGACGACUUGGAAAAGAAUUGGUUGAAUUAGAUGGGUUAAAGAAGGUGAAAAUCUAAGACUAAUUUCAAAACAAGUUAUUUCAAAUAUAGCUGUUUUUCAUCUCAACAACUCCGUCGCCUAUUUGAUUCUUUGCCUUGUUCUUAUCAAGUACUUAUUAGAACACACCAUUUGUUCAAAUUUUGAUACAAACCCCAAUUUAAUGAAUCACAAGAAAUUCAUGGACAACUAUCAAAUAACUCAAUGAUGGGUUCGAGUAAAAAUACGUUUGCCUCAUCCUAAUGUUGUCUGUACAACUGCCAGAUUAUCUAAGCAGUGCAGAAAAUUAUUUCUGGUCUAAAAAUAUAAAAUAUAAAAAAAUUGAAAUUUAUUAACUUGAAUUUAUCAAUAGCGACAAACCGCCGACAUUUCUGUGAGAUGAGGGAAGUGCUUUUCAUUUGGGAUGUGUUUUCAGAACUUACGGACAAAUGAUAUUUGAUCCAAAUGAGCAGUCCUGCUUUUUCUGAUAUUGCUACAUGCUUACUAAGUGUGGUUGUCAAAUGGUAGCAAAGUUUUGAGUGUUACUGUAUGUUACUACAUACGGUUUUGCCCAAGGCUGCACUCAGUGGUCAGUUUGAGGAUUAGAAUCGCAAUCUCAACAAAUAUAUUCACCACUUUGGCUGAUAAGCGCUUCUCAUGCCCCGGUGUGGCUUUUACGACUGCAAAAUAAAAGUAACAUUUCUGGCAGAUGUUCUUCUUGUAAAUAGAAUACUUCUCUGUCUUUGCUUCAUUAAGAACUUCUUUUUAUAUAGAAUAAUGAUGUUGCUCUUAUUUUAGGCUGGAUGCAAACUUCACUAUUUCCUGAGCCAAUGAAAAAGCUACUUUGGUGAUUUUUUUAAAAUUAGUUUUGCCACCAGAAACCCCCCCCCCCCCCCAGUGUGGGGGUUACAUCUGCCUAUUAACAAAUGUGUUGGCAUACCUUGUCAGAGGCCAAGAUGUACCUGAUGUAGGUAAAAGAUAAGGUAAUGUUGAUAACAUUAGUGAAUCCCCUUAGGUAACAUUUGGUCUCACCCAACUUUCUGUGAUCAUGGUGCUCCAAUGAAGCUCAUAACAAGAGUAACCGCACAGGAAUCGAUCUGUAACGAAUGAGUUCUGACAUCUUGAUAGGCUUGACUUGCACCUGUGUAUGCCAUGCAAGAUUAGCUGGUUUUCUUGUUUGUAGAUGGGCACAGAGAAGAGAUGUUUAUAUUUUACUCUUGUCACGAAGCAUAAACUCUGUAAACUGACCUACCAUCACAUGCAUUGAGCGGUUUAAUUUCAUCAGUAAUGCUUUGCUUCAAGAGAUUAUUGCUACGUCUACUGUUGUACACUCGUUUUUUACAGACUGAACUGUACUAAUCUGAACCAAUUCAGUUUUUCUGUCAAUACUCUUGUGCAUGUUCAGUGAAUUUGUAUUCUCCGCUUUGAUAUGUCAUUAUUUUCAUCUAUGGCAAUGGUUAUCUCUAAUUCAGACUGGUUCAGUAGUGUAAAAGUGGUUUUGAUGCAUUUUAUUCUGGCUAUAUUAGACAUUGGCCCCAAAGACUUCAUGACAAACUAUAUCCCAUACAGUUCUGUGGAAUUUUUGUUGAGAAAUUGGGAUGCAGGCAAGAAAGAUAAGGUUUUUGUACAAUAGAUGUUCUGAUACCCAAUUUAAAGAGCAAGUCUUUUUGUUGAUAAUCAUCUAAAAGCUCUGACACUGAAUGAAAGUUUUAAUCCUUUCCUUGUCUUUAUGUAAUUAUUACAUCAAAAUAGCUUUUUUUUCCUUUUUUGAGAUUAAAUACAAUUCUAUAGAAUGAUAGAUAGGUUUUUGUAUACUUGGCUGGCUGUACCACUGUUGAGGAAUUUCACAGUAAUCAAGGUAUCUUGAUUUUUAUUUUUGUUUUUUUCUAAAUGUUCUUGCAUUGAUAGUUUGGUCAAAUCACUAGGAAAAUGUUGGUUGAACAUGUAUGACCAUAUCCUCCAGGACAUUAGCUUGGUUAUAUGGUCAGUAUUGUUAAGACCAAAUACCAUUUAGCAAGCAACAUCCAUUGAGCAAUAAACUUGAGCUUAGCAUGAAUGCUGCAGAAAACAGCCAUGUCCAAACUGCCAGUGGAGCAUGAUUACUCCAAAAGCACUCGGAUUAGAGUUUAAGGGCCCUACGAUUUAUGGCGCAAGUGCAUGUAGGGUGUGUCCAAAUCCACUUUUGCUAGUUAAACGGUGCAUCUGGAGGCAAAGCAAGGCGCAGAGGGGUUGCACUUAGCCUUUUAAUUAAUCAUGGGUGUGUUUUGGCCAUAACAUGAAUCAAACCAGAAUGUCAUCUUCCAUUUCCUUUAAAAGCCAGGUGCACUUGCACCUUGACACAUUGCUAUUUAAAUGGUGGGUUUGGCAAGUUGGGAGAAACAAAUGGUUUUCUGCUGAGGAAACAUCUGCUCCUGUGCAAGCGAAAGGGCGCGAGCAAGACCAUCUACGGGAGCAGCAGGAAUCCACCAAAGCUCGGAUUCCAUUUUGACAUCAUUUUUUUAAUAUUGUGACGUAUACAAUAUUUCAGGUUGUAAUAUUUUUAGUUGUAAACUUUUGCAUGUUUGUGCGCUGCUGUGCAUCCCUGUGUGUGUAACAAGCAGUGUACACGCGUUGUGCACGCGGCUAUGUAGGCGCGUCUUACAAUCUGAAUAAUGCGCCCUUAAAAUAGCAGGAAAACACUGCGCCAUUGACUUUAGACCAGGUUUUCGCUGGUCAGUGGUGCAAUCGCUUUCCGCUGCCUCAAGAUACCAAUACGCCUGACCACACCUAUUUUUUAAGACCAACACACCCGCCGGCGCUCAGAUGGUCGCAGGUACAUUUGCUAUUUAAACAAUAUGGGUGCUGGGCGGGAAAAAGACAACUGCGUUGGUCUGAAACUAGCAAUGCCACUUGCGCUGCGCUUUGUGCCGUGUUUCAAAUGGGGCCCUAACAGCUGAUUUCAGCUAAGAAAGAUGUAAAGGCCAACCUUCACUCAACCCCUUCCACUUCCUCUAGGAUAAAGCGAUUUGGUUUUACUCUUUUGUUUUUACUGAAUUUGUGAAAGGUAGAUUUACCAGUCACCGAAAGAUCGAUUUUUAACUGCAGAUUAUCAAUUUGUAAUUAAAAUGGCAUGUUGGGAGACAAAUAUGGAACUAUCCAGAGGGCUUUGGAUGGCCAAGACCUUUUGGACCGUUCAUAUAGGAUGACUGGAUCUCCUGUCAUGAGUUGAGAACGCAGACUGGUGGUACCCUGCAGCGUAUCAAAAUGGCUGCCGUGGAAGGUCUGCUCUUAAGCUAUAGCAAUGUUUCAGUGCGCCUUUUGCCUUCUGUUGCUUGCCCACAACUUCCCUAUGGUUUAACAUUGGGGGGGAGGGGGGCGGCUAGAUUUAUUGAACACAGUCCUGAAGUUUAGAUCAAGAGAGGAAUUUUUUAAGACUUUUUUUUUGUUGUUUUUGUCAAUCUGAUAUUGAGACAUGUACUUGGAGACGUUAAGAGAAUUUAACACUGUACAGCAAUUGAGAAGAAAAAUAAACACGUACAGCCUACGUCUGCUCUGA